AUAAAAAUUAAUAUUUAGAUUUUCGUUAUCAUCGUACAAGAUCCCGAAAGCACUGUCACUGACACAACACACCAAGUUUCUUACCAGUUUCCAGAGAAUCAACGAACACACAACUUGUUUCUUAAAAUAUGAGCAAAAUAAAAUCAUAUCAAAUCAGCUCUUGAUAUUUCGUUAUCUUAUCUAUCCAUAUAUAAAUUAAAAAUAUAAAUUUAAAAUAUUAUAUAUUCUUCAUAUAUUCAUAUUCAAGUCUUUUCGAUUUAUUAAUUGUCCCUUUCUUCAUCAUCUGUACGUUUGUCUCUGUUUUCUUUAGGUUUCUCAGUUACUUCACUGCGCAUAGCAUCAAUGGAGGAAGAGUUUCAUGUUUUAGCAGUAGAUGACAAUCUCAUUGACCGUAAACUCGUGGAGAGAAUUCUCAAGAUCUCUUCCUGCAAAGUGACAACAGCAGAAAAUGGGCUUAGAGCAUUGGAGUACUUAGGCUUGGGAAAUUCACAACAGACUGAGUCAUUAACUACCAACAGUGUUAUGAAGGUGAAUCUUAUCAUCACUGAUUACUGUAUGCCAGGGAUGACAGGUUUUGAGCUUCUCAAGAUAGUAAAGGAAUCUUCGAAUUUUAAGGAAGUACCUGUCGUUAUAUUGUCAUCAGAGAACAUUCCUACUCGCAUCAACAAGUAA